UCUUCGGGUAAGGUAAGCACAAUUUGGUUAUAAGUGAUCGAAAAGCAAACUACAUUCACGACAUUUGAUUCAGAGCAUGGUGAUUACGUACUGUUCACGUGACUAUUGAUUAUUAUCCCUUGAAAGGGUUAACAAAAGUGCUCACAGAUGGUAGCGAUUCGAUCUUACUGAGCAAGCGCAAAUUCAGCGGUUUGAUAUAAUCGAAGAACGAUUCAGUUAGGAAAUAAUUUUUGCUCCGUGAACUGCAAUGAACGUCAACAAAGAUUUAAAUUACGCCUUUGCGCUGAGUCGCCAAUGUUUGCGGAUAUUAGGCGUAUGGCCCGAUCCACUUGUGUCUUUGAGUGAAUUUCAGCGUCCAAACAUAAGAUUUAUAGUUGUUACGUGUAUCCUAAGCCUUUAUGUAUUCGCACCGCAAAUGACAAAUGUGAUUCUUGCAUGGGGUAAUGUGUCUCGGAUGGUGGAAUAUCUCUCCUCCGCGAAUUAUAGCUUAAUGGCACUGUGCAAGUUAUUCGGUACUUGGUAUCACGGUAAAGCACUUCGAACCGUGAUGGCAUCAGUCAUGACUGAUUGGACAACUUCGAAAAACCAAGAACGAACCAUAAUGUUAAAUGUAGCAAGACGUGGCAGAAUCUUAUCUUUUAGAUGUUACGCGAGCAUGUCGUGCACAGUCUUGGUUUACAUAUUUUUCAACAUCCUGAGAUUCAUUCGAAGUAUAUCCCAAACUCAACGGAGUCUUGUGUAUCGAUUUAUCUUACCUUACAACAUUCAAAAGAGUCCAAACUACGAAAUUACAUUUUUCAUUCAACUUUCCGGUGGUGCGUACACAGGUAUGAUCAACUCUACUGUUGACAGUUACAUCUCGAUACUUCUGUUACACAUAUGCGCGCAGCUGAUAAAUCUACGAACAUCGCUCAACAAUUUGGUCGACGAAUUAGCCGAAGGAUCUAUAUCAUCUUCAAUAUUUAAAAAAGGAUUAGCUGCGAUCACUACACGUCACGAACAUCUUAUCAGGAACGCAAAGACGAUCAAUGACUGUUAUAGCUCGGUAUUAUUGGUGCACAUGUUAGCCGCUACUUUUCAGUUGUGUUUUGAAAGCUUUCAAGUUUUCACGAUAAUAACAAGCAAUAUGGAUGUAUCCAUUCUCAAAUUAGCUUUUCUCUCAUUUUACUUAGUCCUAGUACUGACGCAUUUAUAUAUUUAUUGUUAUUCAGCUGAAAGACUUUCAACGGAGAGUACGAAUAUGGCGUAUGGCGUGUAUGAAUGCAAGUGGUAUGAUAUAUCAUCAAAAGACGCGAAGAAUUUAAUGUUCAUGGUACAUCGAUCUACAGUUCCGCUUAGAUUGACGGCUGGAAAAUUUGGAACCUUCUCAUUAGAAAUGUUUGGAACGACGAUGAAAACAUCAAUGGGUUACCUAUCUGCAUUGUUGACGUUGAUGGAUUAGAAAGAAAUAUUUUUGAAAUACUGAAUUAAAUGGGCGUACUUGUUUGUUAUCUAUAUUCUAUAAAACAUGUUAACAAUUUCAUAUGUAUUAUCUGUAACAGAUUUUCUCUAAACUAAUGCAACCUUUGUGCAAUAACAUAAAUCAGUUACUUACUGCCUUUCAUAACUUAAUUUUUUUAACUAAGAUUAUGUUAUAUUAAAAAAUAAACAAGUAAGAUUACUAAAAUAUUUAUAAAAUA